AUGGCAGCAAUACUCCGCUCCGUGCUGAAUAAGGUAACGCAUAUAAAAAGCGUUCAACUGGGACGUAUGUGCUACUCGUCUGUGCCCACCACGAAGCUGUUCAUUGAUGGAAAGUUUGUAGAGUCCAACACGUCGGAAUGGCUUGACAUUCACAACCCUGCCACUAAUGAGGUGGUAGGCCGCGUUCCGAAAGCCACCCAGACAGAGAUGCUGGCCGCCGCCGAGUCAUGCUCCCGUGCGUUCAGCUCUUGGUCGGACACGUCCAUCCUCAGCCGCCAGCAGAUCUUCCUACGCUACCAGCAGCUAAUCAAAGACAACAUUAAAGAGCUAGCCAAGAUGAUCACACUGGAACAAGGAAAGACUCUGGCAGAUGCUGAAGGCGAUGUAUUCCGAGGACUGCAGGUGGUGGAGCACGCCUGCAGCAUCACAUCACUAAUGCUCGGCGAAACGCUGCCGUCCAUCACCAAGGAUAUGGACACAUACACCUACCGCCUGCCCAUCGGAGUGUGCGCCGGCAUCGCCCCCUUCAACUUCCCCGCCAUGAUCCCGCUGUGGAUGUUCCCCAUCGGCAUGGUUUGCGGCAACACCUACCUGAUGAAGCCGUCAGAGCGCGUGCCGGGAUGCACCAUGCUGCUGGCCAAAAUGCUGCAGGACUCCGGAGCGCCCGAUGGAACGCUGAAUAUUAUCCACGGGCAGCACGCAGCCGUCAACUUCAUCUGCGACCAUCCUGCCAUCAAAGCCAUUAGUUUCGUCGGGUCCAACCAGGCUGGAGAGUACAUUUAUGAGAGAGGAUCCAAAAACGGGAAGAGGGUGCAGUCCAAUAUGGGCGCCAAAAACCACGGUGUGGUGAUGCCCGACGCCAACAAGGAGAACACCAUCAACCAGCUGGUGGGUGCUGCUUUCGGAGCGGCCGGCCAGCGCUGCAUGGCGCUCUCCACCGCCAUCUUUGUGGGCGAGUCUCGCGAGUGGCUUCCAGAGCUAGUCGAGCGUUCCAAAUCACUACGCGUCAACGCAGGCGACCAGCCCGGCGCCGAUGUUGGCCCGCUCAUCUCACCCGAGGCCAAGGCCCGCGUGGAAUCUCUGAUCCAGAGCGGCGUCGCCGAGGGCGCCCAGCUGCUGCUGGACGGCAGGAAUGUCAACGUCAAAGGUUACGAAAACGGCAAUUUUGUGGGACCCACCAUCUUGGGAAACGUGACGCCGGACAUGACGUGCUACAAGGAGGAGAUUUUCGGGCCGGUGUUGGUGGUUCUGGAGGCUGACAACCUGGACGACGCCAUUGCCAUGAUCAACAACAACCCCUACGGAAACGGCACGGCAAUCUUCACCUCCAAUGGAGCCACGGCGCGUAAAUACACGCACGAAGUGGACGUUGGCCAGAUUGGCGUGAACGUUCCCAUUCCCGUCCCCUUGCCGAUGUUUUCCUUCACCGGUUCCAGAGGCUCUUUCAGGGGCGACACCAACUUCUACGGCAAACAGGGAAUCCAGUUCUACACGCAGAUCAAGACCGUGACGUCGCAGUGGAAAGCCGAGGACGCCACCCUCACGAGCCCGGCCGUCACCAUGCCGACUAUGGGACGCUAA